GGCCCGCGGCGCCCCCGCCCUCCUCCGGGCGCCGCUUGGCGACUAUGCCUUCCUCCCCUGCCAACUUCCCACCCCUCCUCCUGAGGUCUGAGCUGGGCUGGAUUCAUUCCAGCCCCUGGUUGAAGUCCCCAAUUUUUCUGACGCUCAGUUUCCCCAAGUUCCAAAAAGGGGCAGUAUUUCCAGACUCAUCUGCUUCCCAUGGUUAGGGAUCGUCCACGUAAGAUGCCGCCGAAAGCCCCACGGACACAGAGUAUCUCACUCCAGAUUGGGCAGCACCCCCCCGCCCCCGCAAGCCUCCUGCUGACUCUCCCCGACCCUGGCGGGGGGAGCCUGGUUAUCUCCCACUCCUGACACCUGGGCGGGGUUCAUUGUUUAUCUAGCAAGAGUUCUGGCUCACUUCCUGUGUGCUGUGUGGAGAGGAGGGGAUGAAAAGGAGGACACGCUGCCACUUAGGUGACUGUCCCCAGGUGCUGUACCCGUUGCCCUGUUUUCUGUUAUUCCCCAUGAGCCAGGAAGGUAUGCACUGAUAUUCCCAUUUCACAGAUGAGGAAACUGAGGCUGAGAGAAGUUAAUCACCCUUUAGGGUGCCCCCAGCCAAAGCAGGAGACUUAGUGGUCCACCUGGGAACUCUAUGGAGGAAACUGGCUUUGAGAUGGUACCCCCCACCCCAAGCCCAUUUGGAAGGCAGGGUCAUUCCUGGCGGGGAGAAGCCAUGAAGCAGGCAGGGUGAAUGUGAGCUGGGGCCCAGGAGGGCAGGAGAGGGCACUGCUGCAGGGGAGAGCAGGCAAGCAAAAGCGAGGACCAGGCAGGGGCCAAGGCUGGGGCCUUUUGGAGCUGCCAGUGUGGUCCUCAGAUGGCUACCCCAAGCUGGUUCUUGGCAAGUGGCACCCUGGCAUGGAGACCCAGCCCCUGCCUCUCCUCCCACUGCUUCCCCCUCCCUGCAUACCCACACUGAAUUUGCAUGAAUGCCACCUCCUCUGGGGAGCCUCCCCAGAUUGAACCCUGGUGGAGCACCUACCACUUCGUAUUGACAUGUACAUUUGUAGUUCUGUGCCCCCUCCUACCCCAGCCCACUGUGUGCCCAGCACCAGCACAUAGCUUGCGCCUGACACACAGAAAGGACUCUGGAAACCAGGAAGGAGGUGGGCAGAGAGGCAGAAAAGCUAUGAACAUUCAGACCUGAGAUGACUGGGCCCUAUAGCAGGUAGAGAGGGAGCAGAGAGGAAGGGCUGCGGGCUUCCCAGGGGCCCAAGGACAGAGAAUUGGCAAAGAUAUGUCUUAAACAUCUAGCCUGGGAGAGCAUGAAUGGAGCCAAUUCCUGAGCACUUACUAUGGGCCAGGUGCUAGGCCUGGGUCUUGGCACAAUCAUAACGCCAAUGACAGGGGCUGGAAGUACAGCAGUAACACCAACAGUAUCUGGAAACCCAGCAGCCAGGUUCUGGGGAGCCCACCAUCACACCCAUCAUUAUCACACCCUCCAGGGUGCGGCCAGCAGAUAAAGAGUUUGGCCCCUGCGCCCCCACCGUCCCCAUCCCCACCCACGUCAGGCUCCCAGCUCAGGCCUCGAGGUCAAGUCCUGCCUAUCCAGGCUGGAAGGAGUUGAACAGAGAGGGCCUCAGCUGCAGGCUGGACAUCCCUGGAGGCAGCCAGGCGGCAGACCCGGACCAGUGGACCCUAGGGCCGCAGGAGACCAGGCCCUGACUCCUGUGCAGAGGGGAAGGGUGGGCCACCCGCAGCCCAGCAUGCACAGAGCUUCCUGGGAGGCCAAGUGGCCUACGCCUGUCACCUUCACCUCUGCAUCUCAGGGGCCCACCGGAAGUGCCUGCUUGGCCUCAGUUUAAAGCAGAGGAAACCGUGGGGUGAGAGGGGAGGAGGGAGGUAGUGGAGAGGGAAGCUGGGUUUCCUGUCAUAUGACCCCUCCUCUGGGCUCCCUCACCACCCUGCCUGGCUUGGCAGGAGUCGUCUGAGAAGGGGACUCCUCCAGGGACUUGGUCCCUAGGUCCCCAGGUGAGCUGGAUGUCCAGUGGAGGGAGAAUGCAGAGGGUGAGGGGCUGUGGGGGCCAGCUAGAGCCCUGCAAGGGUAGCAGUGGGUCCCUGCUCCUGUCCCCAUGGCUCGGGCUGUAGCCACAGGUCCUCAUCAGGGGCUCGCGGGGUACCUGGGACUGGAGACUGGACCACAAGAAGGAAGACAGAAGGGGGUCCCCCGACAUCCAGAGUCAGAUGCGGCAGAUGCCGAGUCCCAGGAACUGUGGGGUUUGGGACACAGGCUCUUCCAGAAGGGCAAACUGGCACGUGGAGAAGAGAGGGAAUUGUCUCUCCUCGGGGUGACGGUGGGCCCAGGCACAGGUGGAUGCGGGGUGCAGCAGGUCUUGGCUUUGCCUGUGACGGUCCAGACUUUCUGUGCCCUUUGGAUCUUUCACCCCAUUUGACAGAUGGGGAGACUGAGGCCGUGGCUGUGUGUCCCUCUGAGAGUUGGAGCGGGGCUGGGCCCGAAUUCGACCCCAGCAGGAUUCUCUCUCAUUUCUGAGCCCCGGAGGCGGCAAAGCGGCAGACCCGGGCAAGUGAACCCUAGGGCUGCAGGAGCCCAGGCCCCGACGCCAGCGCAGAGGGGAAGGAAGGGCCCGCCCCCAGCCCAGCGUGCACAGAGGCCAUAGCCAAGGCCUUAAGGCUCAUCCAACCGGGGACUCAUAUCCCCCCCACCGGCAGCCCGGCGCCCCAGCCUCCACCCGUGCCUGCCGAGAUGCUGCUGCCGCGGUCGGUGUCAUCGGAGCGGGCCCCUGGGGUGCCGGAGCCGGAGGAGCUGUGGGAGGCAGAGAUGGAGCGGCUGCGCGGCUCUGGGACGCCCGUGCGCGGGCUGCCCUAUGCCAUGAUGGACAAGCGCCUCAUCUGGCAGCUGCGGGAGCCCGCGGGGGUGCAGACCUUGCGCUGGCAACGGUGGCAGCGCCGGCGGCAGACGGUGGAAAGGCGCCUGCGGGAGGCAGCGCAGCGGCUGGCCCGGGGCCUUGGACUCUGGGAGGGGGCGCUCUACGAGAUCGGGGGCCUCUUCGGCACAGGAAUUCGGUCCUACUUCACCUUCCUCCGCUUCCUGCUGCUACUCAACCUGCUGAGCCUGCUGCUCACCGCAAGCUUCGUGCUGCUGCCCCUGGUCUGGCUCCGCCCCCCUGACCCAGGCCCCACCCUGAACUUGACCCUCCAGUGCCCUGGUAGCCGCCAGUCCCAGCCUGGCGUUUUGAGGUUCCACAAUCAACUUUGGCAUGUUUUAACUGGCAGGGCCUUCACCAACACCUAUCUCUUCUACGGUGCGUACCGAGUGGGGCCCGAGAGCAGCUCGGUGUACAGCAUCCGCCUGGCCUACCUCCUCAGCCCGCUGGCCUGCCUGCUCCUCUGCUUCUGUGGGACUCUGCGGCGGAUGGUGAAGGGGCUGCCGCAGAAGACUCUGCUGGGUCAGGGCUAUCAGGCGCCUCUCAGUGCCAAGGUCUUCUCCUCAUGGGACUUCUGCAUCCGGGUGCAGGAAGCAGCCACCAUCAAGAAGCAUGAGAUCAGCAACGAGUUCAAGGUGGAGCUGGAGGAGGGCCGUCGCUUCCAGCUGAUGCAGCAGCAGACCCGGGCCCAGACGGCCUGCCACCUGCUCUCCUACCUGCGGGUCAACAUACUCAUCGGGCUCCUGGUGGUUGGGGCCAUCAGCGCCAUCUUCUGGGCUACCAAGUACUCACAGGACAACAAGGAGGAGUCCCUGUUUCUGCUGCUCCAGUACCUGCCCCCUGGGGUCAUCGCCCUGGUCAACUUCCUGGGCCCCCUGCUGUUCACAUUCCUGGUCCAGCUGGAGAACUACCCUCCCAACACGGAGGUCAACCUCACUCUGAUCUGGUGCGUGGUGCUGAAGCUGGCCAGCUUGGGGAUGUUCUCCGUCUCCCUGGGUCAGACCAUACUGUGCAUUGGCAGAGACAAGAGCAGCUGUGAGUCCUACGGCUACAACGUUUGUGACUAUCAGUGCUGGGAGAACUCCGUGGGGGAGGAGCUGUACAAGCUGAGUAUCUUCAACUUCCUCCUCACCGUGGCCUUCGCCUUCCUGGUCACCCUGCCUCGGAGGCUGCUGGUAGACCGGUUCUCAGGCCGGUUCUGGGCCUGGCUGGAACGGGAGGAGUUCCUGGUCCCCAAGAAUGUGCUGGACAUCGUGGCGGGGCAGACGGUCACCUGGAUGGGCCUCUUCUACUGCCCCCUGCUGCCCCUGCUGAAUAGCGUCUUCCUCUUCCUCACCUUCUACAUCAAGAAGUACACCCUCCUGAAGAACUCCAGGGCAUCUUCGCGGCCCUUCCGUGCCUCCAGCUCCACCUUCUUCUUCCAGCUAGUGCUCCUCCUGGGCCUGCUUCUGGCUGCAGUGCCCCUGGGCUAUGUGGUCAGCAGCAUCCACUCCUCCUGGAACUGCGGCCUCUUCACCAACUACUCAGCACCCUGGCAAGUGGUCCCGGAGCUGGUGGCCCUUGGGCUCCCGCCCAUUGGCCAGCGUGCCCUCCAUUACCUGGGCUCCCACGCCUUCAGCUUCCCCCUCCUCAUCUUGCUCAGCCUUGUCCUGACGGUGUGCAUCUCCCAGACCCAGGCCAAUGCCAGGGCCAUCCACAGGCUCCGGAAGCAGCUGGUGUGGCAGGUUCAGGAGAAGUGGCACCUGGUGGAGGACCUGUCGCGACUGCUGCCGGAGCCAGGCCCGAGCGACUCUCCGGGCCCCAAGUACCCUGCCUCCCAAGCUUCGCGCCCGCAGUCCUUCUGCCCCGGAUUCCCAUGCCCUGGCUCCCCGGGACCCCAGGCCCCGCGGCCGGGCCCCUUCGUCGUGGAUGCCGCGGGACUGCGUUCCCCUUGCCCUGGACAGCACGGUGCCCCGGCCUCCGCCCGCAGAUUCCGCUUCCCCAGCGGCGCGGAGCUGUAACCCCGACCCCUGCCUCCCCGCAGCCUCCCUGGGGCCCCUUCAGGCCUCCUUACUCCAUCUUCCAGACCCCUGGCGACCACCGCCCCUCUCAGUGGCUCCAGGGCCUCCCUCAGAGGUCCCCAAAGAUGGACACACAACCCCAGGGGCAGCAGGAAAAACAUAUGGGAAUUUUCUUUCUAUAUUUUAAUCUCAUCCCUUUAAAAUGUCUAUUUUUUAUUGUGUUUUUUAUAAUAUACAUAAUCUAUUAGUAUAGUAUCUCUUGAAUGCAAUUUUUUCUAGAAUGUGUUCUGCUGAUUUGUUUUAGAGCCAUGAGUGCAAUUUAUACACAUACAUCUAUUGGGAAUGCUCAGAAGUU